AUGAGCGAGCUCAAGGAGAGAAAGCCUAAGGCCGAGCAGUCCGCUGCCACCUCCGGCCCCCAUGUCAAGGAGGCGCAUCCUAUGGAAUUUUGCGGGCCGCCCGGAGCUUUCGUCGUCUCGUUUGGCCUGCCCAUCCUCUGCUUUGUUUUCGCCUUCUUCGUCAAUGAAACGUCCGGCUGCCCUCCGCCCUCAGUCUUGCACCCCAAGGCAUUUACAUUGGACAAGCUGAAGGAUGAGGUCGGCUGGCAGGGGUUCUCGAGCCUCAUCAACCUCCAGGCUUUGGCUGCCACGACCGGAUACUACUUCUUCAGCCUUUUCCUGAACGCCGUGUUGCCCGCCAGCGAAGUUGAGGGCGUCCAGCUGCGUUCGGGCGGAAGACUGAAGUACCGCUUCAAUGCCUUCCUCUCCGCCCUCAUUACGCUCGGCAUCUGCGCCGCUGGCACAUUCGUCUAUGGCGCCGAAUUCCCCCUCUGGACCUUCAUCUGGGACAACUACAUUCCCAUCCUCACGUCGAACAUCAUAAUUUCCUACGCCCUGGCAACUUUUGUCUAUGUGCGCAGUUUUGAUGUGAAACCGGGAAAUAUGGACAAGCGCGAGCUUGCGGCUGGAGGCCACAGCGGAAACAUGCUGUAUGACUGGUUCAUUGGUCGCGAGCUGAACCCGCGCAUCACUCUCCCCUUCUUCGGCGAGAUUGAUAUCAAGUCCUUCAUGGAACUGCGUCCGGGUAUGCUUGGCUGGGUCAUUCUUGACCUGACGUUCAUCGCUCGCCAGUACCACAAUUACGGCAGCAUCACUGCCAGCAUCCUGAUUGUGACCUUCUCCCAUACUUUCUACGUGCUCGAUGCACUCUACAUGGAACCCGCUAUCCUAACGACUAUGGAUAUCACCACGGAUGGCUUCGGCUUUAUGCUUUCCUUUGGCGAUCUCGUCUGGGUGCCCUUCGUCUACUCCCUCCAGGCCCGUUACCUCGCCAUCGACCCGAAGGUCCUCUCCUACUUCGAGAUCGCAGCCAUUCUUGGUAUCCAGGCGAGCGGCUACUACAUCUUCCGCUCCUCCAACAACGAGAAGAACCGCUUCCGUACGGACCCCAACGACCCGAAGAUCAAGCAUCUCAAGUACAUGGAGACGAGCGCGGGCAGCAAGCUCCUGAUCACUGGCUGGUGGGGCACCGCGCGCCACAUCAACUAUCUUGGCGAUUGGCUCAUGUCCUGGUCGUACUGCCUACCCACCGGCGUGGCAGGCUACAUUGUUGUCAACCACUCCAAGCUUGAGGUUGUGCCGGGAGAGGCACGCGGCUGGGGUGCGCUGAUCACGUAUUUCUACAUGAUCUACUUUGCCAUCCUCUUGAUCCACCGUGAGGGCAGAGAUGAAGAGAAGUGUAAGAAGAAGUAUGGCAAGGACUGGGAUGCGUACUGCAAGAAGGUUCCGUACCGCAUCGUUCCGUACGUGUACUAA